AUGUCAGUGCAAGAAUAUCUCGACAAAUACACGCUUUCCCGUAAACUCGAAGAUGCCGUCAAUGCCGCCGUCAGAGCCAAAACCACCGAUCCCAUUCUCUUCAUCUCGAAUCAUAUGAAAAAAGGAGUACAAUCGGUAAUCACCAAAGUGAAAGCGAGACAAAUUCUUGAUAGUAGAGGAAUUCCAACUGUUGAAGUCGAUUUAUAUACUAACAAAGCUAUGUUCCGUGCUUCUGUUCCCUCCGGCAACUCCUCUGGCAUGUAUGAGGCUGUUGAGUUACGGGAUGGUGACAAAGGUGUAUAUCUAGGAAACGGUGUUGCUAAAGCUGUUAAAAAUAUAAAUGAAAAAAUUUCUGAGGCACUGAUUGGUAUGGAUCCAACACUGCAGUCACAGAUUGAUCAUGCUAUGAUCGACCUGGACAAAACAGAGAAGAAGGGGGAACUUGGAGCAAAUGCUAUAUUAGCCGUGUCAAUUGCUGCAUGUAAAGCUGGGGCCGCUGAAAAGGAUGUUCCACUGUACAAGCACAUCGCUGACCUGUCUGGAAAAUCUAGCCCAAUGCUUCCUGUUCCUGCCUUUACUGUUAUAAGUGGGGGAAAACAUGCUGGAAAUAAUCUGGCCAUUGAGGAAAUCAUGAUUCUUCCAAUUGGAGCAAGCAGAUUUGAGGAAGCACUGCGAAUGGGCUCUGAGACCUAUCAUCAUUUAAAGGCCGUUAUUACAGAAAAAUGUGGGCCACAUAACUGUAAUGUUGGUGAAGAUGGUGGCUUUGCUCCAAAUGUCUCCAGCUUUAGAGAAGCCCUGGAUCUUGUAAAGGAGGCCAUUAGUAGAACCGGUUAUGAUGAGAAAAUAAAGAUUGCGCUUGAUGUUGCUGCUACAAAUUUUUGUAUUGGCAAAAGAUAUGAUCUGGACUUUCAAUCUCCUCAAAAGUCAGGACAGAAUUUUAAGUCAGCAGAGGAUAUGAUAGAGUUGUACAAGGAACUAUGUGCGGAAUACCCAAUUGUAUCGAUAGAAGAUCCAUUUGACAAGGAAGAUUGGGAACAUAUCAAGUACAUCUCAAGUCUUGGAAUUUGCCAGGUAGUAGGGGAUGAUCUCUUGAUGUCAAAUACAAAGCGCAUUGAGAAAGCAGUAACUGAGUCUGCUUGUAAUGCUCUACUUCUUAAGGUCAACCAAGUUGGAACUGUUACAGAGGUCAUUGAAGUAGUGAAGCAGGCAAAGGAAGCCCAUUGGGGGGUGGUGACAUCUCACAGAAGUGGCGAAACUGUAGACUCUUUCAUAGCUGAUUUAUCUGUUGGCCUUGCUGUAGGUCAGAUUAAAGCAGGAGCUCCUUGCAGAGGAGAGCGGUUAGAAAAGUACAACCAGUUACUUCGGAUUGAGGAGGAGCUUGGAGAUCAAGCAGUUUAUGCUGGUGAAGAUUGGAGGCAGUAA